UUCUUUUCUCUCCUCUUCUCUUUCUCUCUCUCAGCUUUUUCUCUUUCUUUUUUACUUUGUUGGCUGUCUGUUUGGAUAGAGGUAAAACGAGGGAGAAAACUUUUUAAGUACCAAAGAAGCAGAGAAAAUUGCAAUGGCGGUUUCCAAGAAAUGCGUUUUCGCUUCUUUAGCUGUUCUGUUUUUGUUUCUUGUUGGAGCAAUGGCCACUGUACGGAAAGAUAACGCUUCCAGCAAUGUGGAGACAGAGAAGCUGCAGAGCUCGAAGAACUCAACAAUGGCAGCUAGGUCGGAAGAGGAGGCUGCGCCAUUGAAUGAGCAUGCGGUCGCUGACCCAGAGGCCGUGGCUGCCGAGGUCCAGACCAUCAUUGACAUGAAUAUUCACAAUGUGACUGAAAGGAGGAAAUUGGGGUUCUUCUCAUGUGGAACUGGUAACCCCAUUGAUGAUUGCUGGCGUUGUGACCCUAACUGGCAAAAGAACCGGAAGAGACUUGCUGACUGUGGCAUUGGUUUUGGAAGGAAUGCAAUUGGUGGCCGUGAUGGACGCUUCUAUGUUGUCACUGACUCUAGUGAUGAUGACCCUGUUAACCCCAAACCUGGGACCUUGCGUCAUGCUGUGAUCCAGGACCAGCCUCUUUGGAUUGUGUUCAAGAGGGACAUGGUUAUUCAGUUGAAGCAGGAGUUGAUUAUGAACAGCUUUAAGACCAUUGAUGGUCGUGGGGUGAAUGUCCAUAUUGCUAAUGGGGCAUGUAUCACAAUCCAGUUUGUUACCAAUGUGAUUAUUCAUGGUCUUCACAUUCAUGAUUGUAAGCCCACUGGCAAUGCCAUGGUAAGAAGCUCACCGUCUCACUUUGGGUGGAGGACAAUGGCUGAUGGCGAUGCAAUCUCCAUCUUUGGUUCAAGCCACAUCUGGGUUGAUCACAAUUCUCUCUCUAAUUGUGCUGAUGGUCUUGUUGAUGCUGUCAUGGGCUCAACUGCCAUUACCAUCUCCAACAACCACCUCACCCACCACAAUGAGGUGAUAUUGCUGGGUCACAGUGACUCUUAUACAAGGGACAAGCAGAUGCAAGUGACCAUUGCCUACAACCAUUUCGGAGAGGGACUCAUCCAGAGAAUGCCAAGGUGUAGGCAUGGGUAUUUCCAUGUGGUGAACAAUGAUUACACUCACUGGGAAAUGUAUGCUAUUGGUGGAAGUGCAAAUCCUACCAUCAACAGCCAAGGUAACAGAUAUGCAGCUCCAAGUAACCCAUUUGCAAAGGAGGUCACCAAGAGAGUGGAGACAGCUGAAAGCGCGUGGAAGAGCUGGAACUGGAGGUCAGAAGGAGACUUGCUGCUUAAUGGUGCCUACUUCACUCCAUCUGGAGCUGGCGCCUCUGCCAGCUAUGCCAGGGCCUCAAGUUUGGGAGCCAAGUCCUCUUCCAUGGUUGGAGCCAUGACUUCCAACGCUGGUGUUCUACCCUGCCGCAGAGGCAGGCAAUGCUAGUAUACCCCCCAAACAAUUAAACUGGCUGAAAAAACUGCCAUUUACAAUCUGUUUGAUUUUCCCUUUUCCACCAUUCUAAAAAAUUUAAAUCACUACCUACCAAAUAUCCCUUGUCUCUUUAUCCCAUCUACCUGCAUCAUCACAUAUUUUGACAAGUAUACAAUUUUUACGCAUGGUCAUCAUAUUGUCCCACCCACUCCACUCAUUCUCUUUACCAAUCUGUUUAUUUUCUCAACCUCGGCCUGCUUCAACUCAAGCAAAAACAUCUGUCAUGGAAGCAGGUGCGGAAGCGUUGUCCAUUUUUUUUUUCUUUUUGCUCUUUUCUGGUCUUCCUCAGCUUCACCCAAUUUCCCUCUUUAAGCCACCAUUUGGUCCAUCCCCAGUGUCAAUCUUGGUCUCUGCAUACUUUUUUGUCUUUUGGUUUCAUAGCUCUGAAUGAUUUGGUGAAUUUUUUUUUUAAUUUUUAAAAUUGUGUGUAGCCAUAGAAGCAAUAGUAUGAAUGUCAAACUUCUGAGUUAUUGAAAGACUUUGUUA